AUGGAAAAAUAUGAAGAAUAUUUAAAACAGAUUACUGUAGAAAAUUAUACUUUCACGAAACCUUUUGAACAAAGUCAAAUGUUGUGUAAUUAUUGUGGAAGAUUAAUUCUUAGAGAUUAUUGUCCUGAAACUCUUAAAUGUAUCUUCUUCAUGAAAACUGAUAAAGUUCUCCUUUCAGAUGAAAAGCUUUGUGAAUUAGCUAAAGUUAGUUAUAAACAACAAAAUAAAUUGAUGAAACAAGAAGAAAGGAUGAGCCAAGUUGAAAAGACUUAUAAAAGAGGUUUAUCAAAAUCUAAUACUACCAAACCUCAUUCUAGUCAUUUAACUCAUGUCUUAAUGAAAACUACAAAAGGAGAAACAAAUAAAUAUGUCUGUAGUUUUCAUGGUUUUCCAGAAACUAAAGGUUUUGUUGCUCCUAUUUCUAAACUUCCUUCUUCUCCAAAUAAUCAAUCUUAUAAACAACAUCUUCCAACAGCUAUUUCAUGGAGUGAAACUUAUAACCCAGAACUGAGACAAAAAUUUCUUGGUGGUAAAAGAAAAGGAGGUACAACAAAAGAAAAUAGGACUUUUUCUGAAACAACUUGUCUAGUUAAUCUUCCUUAA